AUGCGUUUGCUUUCAAUAUACGGUGUGAUGGCGAUAGCCAUCUGCAUAGCAGUGCAUAACCCCACUGCAGAGGCAAAGCCUUUCGUUCAACAACUUUUAGGUAUUAUAGGUGGUGGUUCAUCACCAACGAGUGCAUUGUCAGGGUCCGGUAAUUUCUUGCCGGGCCUUAUAAGUCUCAAAGUUCAAGGUGUAACUCGAACCUUCUCUGGUAGCAGUUCUGGAUCGGGAAGUAGUUCCGGUACUGCUUCAAGUGGGGGUUCGAGUUUGAUAAGUAGCGUGCUGGGAGGUUCAAGCUCUUCUGGUUCCACUGGUGGCUCGUCCCCAUCAAGUUCUUCCUCUGGAUCCCCUAGUCUUUUGUCAGGCCUUGUAAAUUCCAAAGUUCAAGGUGUAACUCGCACCUUUUCGGGUAGUAGUGCAGUACCAGGAAGUAGUGCCAGCAGCGCUUCAAGUGGUUCCGCCGGUGGCUCGUCCCCUUCAAGUUCUUCCUCUGGAUCGCCUAGUUUUCUGUCAGACCUUGUGAAUUCCAAAGUUCAAGGUGUAACGCGCACCUUCUCUGGUAGUAGUGCAGGACAUGGAAGUAGUUCCAGUACUGCUUCAGGUGGUAAUUCAAGUUUUAUUGAUGGCUUUGUGAGAGGUUAUUCUGGCCCCUCAAAUGGUACAUCUGCAUCUUCAUCCGGAUCCCAUAAUAUUUUGUCGAGUAUUUUAAAUAGCAAAGUUCAAGCUAUAACUCAAACAUCCUCUGGUAGCAGUUCUGGAGCUGGAAGAAGUUCUGGUUCUGCUCCUGCACAGGGUUUGAGCACUUUAUUUAGUGGAUCAAAGCCUUCUGGUGGCUCAUCCCCCUCUGGUUCUUCAUCAGGAUCUCAUAGCAUUUUGUCGACUAUUUUAUCUGGUAGCAGUUCCGGAUCUGGUAGUGGUUCCGGUUCUGCUUCAGGGGCUGAUUUAAAAGCGUUAUCCAGUGGUUCAAGUUCUUCUGGUUCCGCAGGUAGUUCAUCUUCAUCAGGAUCCCCGAACAUUUUGUCGGGAGUUUUAAAUUCCAAAGUUCAAGCCAUUACACAAACCUUCUCUGGUAGCAGCUCUGGUUCUGGUAGUAAUUCCGGAGCUGCCUCAAAGGGUGGUUCGAAUCCAAUAAGUAGCUUGCUAGGAAGUUCAAGUUCUUCUGGAUCCUCAGGUAGUUCGUCUCCAUCUGGUUCUUCUUCGGGAUCUCCUAACAUUUUGUCGAGUAUUGUAAAUACCAAAAUUCAAACAGUAACUCAAACGUUCUCUGGUAGUUCCGGGUCCGGUUCUAAAUCCAGUACUGCAUCCAGCUCUAGCCCACGUUCUGGGUCCAGUUCUAGCCCACGUUCUGGGUCCAGUUCUAGCCCCAGUUCUGGGUCGAGUUCUAGCCCCAGUUCUAAGUCCAGUUCCAGCUCACUUUCUGCGACCGCUUCUCGUUCCAGUUCUAGCCCCAGUUCUGGAUACAGUUAUAGCCCCAUAUCUUCGGUCAUGUCUGGCUCCAAAUCCAGGCCCGCUUCCGGCUCCGGUUCUAAACCUGGUACUGGUUCAGGUACCGGCCCCGGUUAUGGUUCCAGUUCUGACAGCGGUACUAACUACGGCUCUGGAAGCAGUUCCAUCUCUGCUUCUGGAGAUGAUUCGGCAUUUAAAGUUAGCCUUUUAGGAGAUUCAAGUUCUUCUGGUCUGCUGAGUGGCGGUCGUAGUUCCAGUUCUAGCAGUUCUUCAGCUGGUGGUAGUGGUGGCGGUGGUGGAGGUUUGCUAAGUGGCCUAUUUGGUGGCUCAAGCGGCGGUGGGGGAGGAAACUUUCUGAGUGGAGCCAUAAGUGCAAAAACCGGUUUUCUGAGCAACGCUUUAGGUGGAUUGCUAGGAGGAGGAAAUGGUGGUGGUGGUGGUGGUGGUAGUUCCGGAGGCGGUGGUUUAUUGGGAGGUUUGCUAGGAUCACCCUCAUCCACCAACUCUGUUGCCGUAACCACAUCAGCACCAGCAAAGUCAUCAUCAUCUGGCGGUGGUGGAUCCUCUGGCAGUAGUACUGCCGCUAGCAACAAAGUCAGUGUAGCUGUAGAUGUUGGCGAGGACAAAAAUUUGGAUAUUGAUAUUCGUCGUUCGACUCCUUCAAGUACAACAGCUAAAAGCGUUGAAAAAAAGGUUGAGGAGAAAAAAGUUGCAGCUUCCAUUUCAAGUUCUACUUCAGCUGCUAAAAAUAAAGUUAAUGUGAAUGUUGACCUGGGAGAGGAUAAGGAUGGCGAUUUAGAAGAAGGUUCCUCAAACGUUGUGAAAAUCUCCACUUCACUUAGAGGUGGGGCAGUUGCUCCAGCCGCCGCUGCUCAUGAUACCGCUGCUAUUGCCGCAGCUGCUACUGCUGCCGUUGUCACGGCUGGCGCUGCAGUCGCUCCUGCUGCUAGUAGACAAGGUUACAGCUAUCCCAGUGCCAGUCCUGGAAGUCUUGGUGGCGGUUACAGUUAUCACCCGAACACUAACGUCAAGGCCGCUGCCGCUCCUGCUUCCGCUCCCGCUUCCACUCCUGCUUCCGCUCCCGCCUCUGCACCUGCAACCACUGGAAAUGGUCCUGCUGUUUACGACUAUGGCAAUCACAGAAAGCAAAUUGUGAGAUAUCAUGUGGUUCCCGGAGCACCUGUUGUAAACCUACCCACAGGACAAGGCUAUAACUAUCAACAGCAAGCACCUCAAGCUGCACGUUCUGGUUAUAAUUAUCAACCACAUGCUCCCGCUCCUGCUCCUGCUCCUGCUGCUGGUCAUGGCUAUAAUUAUCAACCACAGACUGCUCAGGCUCCUCGACCUGGCUACAAUUAUCAGCAACCAGCAGCCGCUCCUCGUCCUGGUUAUAACUACCAACAGCCACAACCUCCUCAAGCUCCUCGUCCUGGUUAUAACUAUCAACAGCCACAGGCUCCGCAAGCUCCUCGUUCUGGCUAUAACUAUCAACAGCCACAGGCUCAAGCUCCUCGUCCUGGCUAUAACUAUCAACAACCUGCCCCUGCUCCUGCUCCGGCUGGCCAUGGUUAUAACUAUCAACAACAUCAGGCUCCGGCUUUCGCUCCCGCUCCCGCUCCAGCUCCUCGUACUGGUUACAACUAUCAACCAAAACAACCAGUUGCUGCUCAAUCGCGCUCUGGUUAUAGCUAUCGUCAACAACCCGGUCCCCCCUUUAAUACCUAUUAUUUAAGAACUGUUUAA